AUGAAACUCACCACCACACUUUUCCCUCUCUGGCCACUCACCCUCCUCGUGACUGCCCCUGGCGCCCUCGCCCAAGUCUGCGAAUGGUACCUCAACCCCGACGAUUGCAUCUGCAUGCUCUCCACCGACGGAUCUCUUUUACGCAGCCAAACGGCCUUUUGCUGUAAGCAAUUGGGGUACAGGACGAUGAAUAGUGUACCUACCUUCCCAGUUCCCCAAUUCAUACCACCUCAAGUCCUUAACAUAGAAGGAUAUCUGAAACACUUGGACAUGGGGAAUGGAUACCGUCUGACCAGAGGACAGAUCUGUGGCGUCGACCGCAAAAACAGACAGCUGUUCAAGGAUUGUUGCAAGGGGUUGGGCCAGGAGAGUGUAAUUGGGCAUUGUCGCUAG